AUGGAGGAGCCCGGGCGGGAGGAGUCGGCGGCGGACGACGUCGAGCUGCUCGUGAGGAGUCAGCGCAGGGAGAAACGGGAGCUGCAGGCCAAAAUUCAAGGUAUGAAAAAUGCUGUUCCUAAGAAUGACAAAAAGAGAAGAAAACAGUUGAUUGAUGAUGUUGCCAAACUGGAGGCAGAAAUGGAACAGAAGCACAAGGAAGAACUGAAGCAGCUAAAGGAAACUUUACCCGAGCAGAAUAAGGUAGAUUCUGUGGCUGAUAGUAUUGCAAGUUUUCAGCUUGAGGAAAGAGAGCAACAGAUGCAGCAACCUCGAAUAUCAAAAGCACAGAAAAGGCGGGAGAAGAAAGCUGCAUUGGAGAAGGAAAGAGAAGAAAGGAUAGCUGAAGCUGAGAUAGAAAAUUUAACAGGAGCCAGACAUCUUGAAAGUCAAAGGCUUGCUCAGAUAUUGGCAGCAAGGCAGCUGGAGAUUAAACAGAUUCCAUCAGAUGGCCACUGCAUGUACAGAGCUAUUGAAGACCAGCUCAAGAAUCAGCAAAACUCCUGGACUGUUGCAACCCUGAGAAGUCAAACUGCAGAGUAUAUGCAAAGUCAUGUUGAUGAUUUCCUGCCGUUUCUAACAAAUCCCAACACAGGAGACAUGUAUAGCCGAGGGGAGUUUGAAAAGUACUGUGAUGAUAUAGUCAACACAGCUGCCUGGGGUGGUCAGCUGGAACUAAGGGCUCUAUCACACAUUUUGCAAAAACCAAUUGAAGUAGUACAAAUGGAUUCUCCUCCCAUUAUUGUUGGUGAAGAAUAUUCAAGCAAACCAUUAAUACUAGUGUAUAUGAGACACGCAUAUGGAUUAGGAGAGCAUUAUAAUUCUGUAAAACUGCUCACAGACACUGCUACAGAAAAUGGUAGCUAGUAUACAAGUCAUAAGUCCACAUGGAUAAUGGGUGCCGCUUGACACUUUGGUC